AUCAUCGAAAACGAUACCGUUUCGAAGCUCGAGAGUUCGUCUCGAACUUUGCGCUUUAUUUUUUUUUCCCAAAAUUUCUUCUUUUCUUAUUUCUCCUGAGCAAGUGCAAGCAUCUGAAUUCCAAGUCGCAUAUAAAAAGUUUAAUAAUUAGAGCAGAGAGAUCCGUAAUUUCGAAGCAACCCCAAAUCCAACGAUAACAGAAGAAGCUCCACAAACAACGUUUCUCGGGCAUCUCUAAUCAUUGUUUUUUUUCAAAAAGAAAAUUUUCCUCGAGGUUUCUUGAUUUUUUUUUCCUGAAAUUUAUUUAUUUUUUCUUCUUUUGUAUGGGCUGAUCAGAGAAAAGCCACUUUGUGUUUACGAUUUUUCAUUAUUCUGUUUUUUUUUUCUAGCUGGAUGGUGUCUGAAUAAUUCAAUGCCUUUCUCUUCUCUUCCUUUCUAAAUCUCUCUAACUCUCUCUCCUUCUCUCUCUCUAUCUCUAAACCGAAGCAGCCAUGGGCGACGAACACUCUCUCAUCCCAAAGGAUAGUUUCGUCUUCAAGCUUCCUAAAAAAUCCCCACUUGUGUUGAGAAUGGUCGUUCUCUUGUUUGUGAUGGUCUGUGCUGUUUACAUCUGCUCCAUUUGUCUAAAACAAAUCGGUGUCGUCCCCAGUUCUGGUUUCUUGAACGUUGAAGUAUUUGAGAGACCUUGUCCUGAGCCUAACAUUGAACCAUGGGACAUACCAUAUGUCCAUUACCCUAAACCUAAGACGUAUAGCAGGGAGGAGUGUUCUUGCAAUCCCGUUAGGUAUUUUGCGAUUCUCUCGAUGCAGCGAUCUGGUAGCGGCUGGUUUGAGACUUUACUAAACAAUCAUACUAACAUAAGCUCGAACGGGGAGAUCUUUUCGGUUAAAGAUAGGAGAGCUAAUGUGUCGACCAUUUUCGAGACCUUGGACAAAGUCUAUAAUCUAGAUUGGUUGAGUAGUGCCUCUAAGAACGAGUGCACUUCUGCCGUUGGUUUGAAGUGGAUGCUUAAUCAGGGUCUAAUGAAACACCAUGAAGAGAUUGUAGAUUACUUCAAAACCCGAGGCGUCUCUGCUAUUUUUCUCUUUAGAAGAAACCUCUUGCGGAGGAUGAUUUCAGUUCUUGCAAAUUCUUAUGAUAGAGAUGCUAAAUUAUUAAAUGGUACUCACAAGUCCCACGUCCAUUCCCCUAAAGAGGCUGAGAUAUUGGCGCGCUACAAGCCAUUGAUCAACACGAGUCUUUUGAUAGCUGAUCUGAAGCAGGUUCAAGAGAUGACUUCAAAAGCACUUUCGUACUUCAAUACAACCCGCCAUAUCUUUCUUUACUACGAAGAUGUUGUCAAGAAUCGAACAAGGCUAGACGAUGUGCAAGAGUUUCUAAAGGUCCCAAAACUCAAUUUAAAGAGUCGGCAAGUGAAGAUUCAUCACGGUCCUUUGUCACAGCACGUACAGAACUGGGAAGAGGUUCAAAAGACACUGAAAGGGACCGGUUUUGAAAACUUUCUACUUGAAGAUUACCGCAAGUGAAUUAACACAUUAGGAGGGAGUGAUGUACAUAAACCUCUCUCGCAGAAAUGGUCAGACCACCAACUUGUUAGGAAAGUUUUGGUAGUGCCACGAACAGGUUUUACAAAUCAGGUUUUUUUAAUCUUUUAGCUUUCUCUGUUUUUGUUUUUUCCUCCCAAGUUUUUAAUCAAGUUGAUAGAUUUUGAUUUGAUUCAUUCUUUAUCAGGGAACUAAGAGUUCUAUUGUAAUCGGAAAUACUAUCUGGUUCACCCUCUUA